AGAGGGCUUUUUAUUGAUCAAUCUGUAGAUGGGAACUGCUUUGGGUGAAGGGAAAGACAACACUCAAAACAAGGAAGGUCAGCCUAAUUGGACAGGAUUAAAAGUAAAGAGGUUUCCGAGAUAAAAUGAAAGCUUCAAAGGAUAGCGAAGCAGGGGCUGGGGUCUGGGGAACUUGGUUUGAGAGGACUUCUAAAUCAAUGGGCAAAAUAAUUCUAUUAUGAAAACACUCUGCAUCCCACUUUGAAUUGUGGCACCUGGGGUCCUAAAUGCCAACAAGCAGCCAUCUAAAAUACAUUAAUUGGUCUCAACCCACCGGGAGCAAAGGCAAAGGAAGAACACCAAGGUCACACGACAACUAAGAACCCAAGAGACAGAAAGGGCCACUUGAACCAGAGACCUACAAUAUCCUGAGACCAGAAGAACAAGUUGGUGCCCGGCCACAAUCGAUGUCUGCCCUGUCAGGGAGCACAAGAGACAACUCCUGAGGGAGCAGGAGACCAAUGGGAUACAGACCCCAAAUUCUCAUUAAAAGACCACACCUAAUGGUAUGAUUGCGACUAGAGGAAUCCCAGAGACAAUGCUCCCCAGAACUUCUGAUGGCACAGGACAGGAACCAACCCCGAAGACAAAUCAUCAGGCAUGAAAAGGACUGGUCAGUGGGGGGGAGAGAGAUACUGAUGAAGAGCGAGCUAAUUAAAUCAGGUGGACACGGGAGAGUGUGUUGGCAACUCUUGACUGGAGGGGGGAUGGGAAGAUAGAGAGAGAUGGAAGAAGGUAAAAUUGGCACGAAACGAGAGACUGUAAGGGCUGACUCAAUAGGGGGAGAGCAAGUGGGAGAAGGGAGUAAGAUGUAUGUAAACCUACAUGUGACAGACUGAUUGGAAUGGUAAAUGUUCACUUGAAGCUUAAUAAAAAUUUAAAAAAAAAAAAAAAAAAAAAAAAAAAUUAUACUUAUGAUUGCACUGAUAUGAAGAUAAACACAAUCCAGGCUGGAUUAUAUUCAUAUUUUUCUUCUGAUCUUAAGAGAAAAUAUUUUCAGAGGCCCUAAAAUAAUUGUGAACCCUAAGCACUAUGCCUACUAUGCCUAAUGAGUAAGCCAUGCCUGGUAAGGAGCCCUUGGAUAAUUCUGAACAAAAUAAAAAACAAUUAUUGGCGAAAUCAGGAGAAAAGAGAAGGAUUAGAAAACCACUGCAGAUACGCACUAGAAUUUUUAAGGAUUUCUGAAGGGUAGAAAGAGUCCAAACCAAACCCAACCCAAACCCAUUGUUACCAAGUGAAUUCCAACUCACAGCAACCCUAUAGGACAGGUGAGAACUGUCCCCUAGGGUUUCCAAGGAACAGCUGGUGGAUUUGAACUGCCAACCCUUUGGUUAGCAACCUGAGCACUUAGCUACUGUACUACCAAGGAUAGAAAGAGUCAAGUAGAAGCUAAAUGCUAUGAAUGCGUAAAUGAUCCAGGAAUAUUCAUUCUUCCAGUUACUCCCUAUGGAACAGGAAUUGUAUUGCCUGAAUUAUGUGAAGACUAUGACCAAAGAUCGUCAGCUGUCAAAACAGGAUAAAAGCUCUUACUGAGAUACCAAUAUAGUGGAGCAAACUUGGAAUGUUCAAGCAGAGUCCAGGCUGAGCAAGGAGGGAUAUAUGAGAAGAUUGGGUGAUGCCUUGAAGGACACAGAAACAAUCAGUGGAGAUCUCAACCCCCUUCCUACUUUACUCCAAGGAAAUAACCCUCUAUAAAUGGCCUUGAGGAACCACACCACCAUCACUGAGUUUUUUCUCACUGGGCUGUCUACUGAUCCCCACAUCGAGGCUCUGCUAUUCGCGCUUUUCCUGGUGAUUUACCUUCUGACCAUGAUGGGGAACCUGAUGAUGUUGCUGGUGAUCAGGGCAGAUUCCCACCUCCACACACCCAUGUACUUCUUCCUGAGUAAUCUGUCAUUCCUGGACAUCUGUUUCUCUUCUGUUACUGUGCCCAAGCUGCUGGAGGACCUCCUGUCUGAGAAGAAAACCAUCUCAGUAGAGGGUUGCAUGGCUCAGGUCUUCUUUGUGUUUAUCACUGCAGGUACUGAAGCCUUCCUGCUCUCGAUGAUGGCCUAUGACCGCUAUGCAGCCAUCUGCCACCCACUGCUCUAUGGCCAGGUGAUGAGCAACCAGCUCUGUGUGAGGCUGGUGUUGACCUCAUGGGGCCUGGCCUCUCUCAACUCAGUUGUCAUUGUGCUCUUGGCUAUUAACCUGGACUUCUGUGAAGCCCAAACUAUACACCACUACAUCUGUGAGCUGCCUUCUCUCUUCCCCCUGUCUUGCUCUGAUACCUCCAUCAAUAUCAAUAUCCUGAUCUGCUCUAUUUUCCUGCAUGGGUUUGGAACCUUCCUUCCAAUCUUCAUCUCCUAUGCCCAUAUUAUCUCCACCGUCCUGAGCAUCAGCUCCACCACAGGCAGAAACAAGGCCUUCUCCACCUGUUCCUCCCACCUCAUUGCAGUGAUCCUGUUCUUUGGUUCAGGUUUGGUUCGCUAUCUCAUGCCCACCUCUGGUUCCUCCCUUGAUUUGCUUGCCUCCUUACAGUACAGUGUGGUCACUCCCAUGUUGAAUCCACUAAUCUACAGCCUAAAGAACAAGGACGUGAAGGCAGCUUUGAAAAGAAUGUUAGAGAAAUAUGUGUAAUAUUUUAGGUAGUGAACAAUGACACAGAAUAAUAGAAAAUGAGUUUGUGUUGCCAAGUGCUUGAAAUAAGGUAGAGUUCUGGCCCAUAACUUGAAGGGGAACCAGUACCAAUCUUUCCCUGGCUAUACUGGCAAUAAAAAAUAAAAGACACCAAAUAAUACCUAGUUUUAUAUCUGUAGAUCUAUGGUCUAUGUUUUCUUUAUUCUGCCAACCCUUUCUUUCCAGGACUCAGACGUUAGAUCUCCUGAAUUGAUCAUUUAUAUUAUCUUUUCACUCAUUAUUUUUCAAGUUAUUGGCCUGCUCUGUUGUGGAUUAUAUCCAAUUUAUUGUCUCCCAUAGUAUUUUGACUAUUUUUAUUUCUUCCACCGGUUGUUACCUUUAUAUAAUUUUUAGUCUUACGCCUUUAUUUAUGAAUUUUAACUUUAAAAAAAGAAAAUAAUAUAUGUUGACACCUCCCAUGGAGAAUGAUAAAUUUAUUUUACUUGGACAACCCCCUUCUCCUUCUACUAUUAAAAAAAAAACAACAACAACUCGUUUGCUAUCUUCUGGAAUUUUUGUCCCUGGAUAUCGUCAAAAAAAAAUCAUUAUUAUCUUUACAUUAUGUGACUUUCGAAUCAAUUAAAUUCUGGCUUUUAAUCAUGAUUUCUAUAGUAUUCAGGCAUCAUUCUCUGUUAAGAUUAUUCAAUACUCGCUGGCAUUCUUUUCACAGCAUUUUCCCGUUUUUGCUUCUCCCUCUCCACAGUGAGGCAUAAUGAUUAGAUGCAUAGUCUCCAGAGCCUGUGUUUGCCUGUGUUCAAACCCAUAUAAGCUUUAUAAUACUGCUAAGUUACUUCUCUGUGCCUCAGUUUCCUGUAUAUAAAAAUGGGAAAAUAAUAGUAUCUACAUCAUUGGGUUAUUGUGGGGAUUAAAU